CCGGUCUGCUGGCCCACCCAGGGAUCUUUCAUGUGGUGUGCUGAACUGCCUUUCUAACAAUAUAUCUGCCUUUUAUCUCCUUAUAUCGCUCAUCUCGUCGUUAUAAAAUAGUAUUAAUUAUAAAUAUGGCAGAAGCGAUUCAAAAGAAACUAAAAGCUGAAGUAGAAAAAUACGCACAGAUGCAGAAAGAUGUCAGCAAAAGCGUGUCCGCAAGACAGAAACUGGAGACGCAAUUGGCAGAAAACAACUUUGUCAAAGAGGAGCUGGACAUGUUGGACAGUGCUAACACCGUUUAUAAACUGAUUGGUCCAGUUUUAGUUAAGCAAGAUCUGGAUGAAGCCAAGGCCACAGUCGCAAAAAGACUGGAGUAUAUCAAUGGAGAGACUCAAAGGUACGACGCACUGCUGAAGGAAAUGGAGAAGAAGUCUGACCAGCACAGAGAGGUUCUGUCCAGUUUACAGCAAGAGUUCCAGAAAGCACAGGGCCUUGCUGGGGGCAAAGCAUGAACGAGUUAGUUCAUGCUUUGCCAGAUCUAGAACCAUGAACGCACCACACAAACACAUUACAUACAUGUUCUCAUAUAAGGCACUAAAGAUUUUUUUUAAGUACAGGUUACAGCUAGUAUGUAUGAGUAUUCAGUUUUCACCUCAAAUAUGAAAACCAGAGGUCAAAUCAGAAAACAAAGGACUGUUGGGGUAUUUACAAAGAUCUCUGUAUUUGCGUAGUUAUUUGCGCAAAUGUUAAUCUUGUAAUUUUACCCCUUCAAUCAAAAACAGUAGACUACUCAUUAUAGGCGAGUUUAAGUAACUGUUCAAAACUCCACACAACAGACCACUUGUACCAUAUGUCUUUAUUUGUUGUUAAUACAAUUUCUUUUUCAUCAAA